CGAAGCCGUCCUCCGAGCCCGAAGCCUGCUCAUGUGACGAUAGCGCAUCCCUUCCUUUAUUCGAACCCUGAUUUCCCCAUUCCUCAAAAACCCUAGCUCCGCUCCUCUCCGCCCCCCGUGUGAUGGGAUGCCGUCCAAACCCUACCCCGAGCUCCUGACCGCCGCCGCCUGGAUGUCCGCAUGGACGGCUUCCCGGCCCUGAUCGCCGCCGGGGCCACCGCCGUCUGCUGUCUCGUCUGCGCCAUCUGGGCCUUUCGCUCCCCUUCCUCCUCUUCCUCCAAGAAACACUUGUCCGCUCCCCCUCACUGCUGCGGCUGCCGCGCCAAGAUUACGGCCGCCAGCGCCAACGGUGGCGAGAUGGCCGUCGGUGGGGAGACCAAGAAGGCGCCCACGACAGCGCCGCCAACCACGGGCGCCUCCAUGAUGGAACAGCUCGUGCCCGAGAUCACCACCCAUGCGCUCAGCUACCUCGACUGCAUCAGCCUCUGCCGCCUCUCCAUGACAAACUCAGCUAUGCGUCGCGCUGCCAAUGACGACGGGGCUUGGAAAGCGCUCUACCGCAAGGAUUUUACAGCUGAGCAGGAUAAUAUAACUCCACCUAACGGAUGGAAGGCAUACUAUGCAGCUACAAAGGCCAUCAUUAAUGUGAAUGCCGAGUUCUAUAAUAUCAUCAGGGAAGGGUCGUUGCCAGCAAUGAGUCACUUCUGGCUUAAUGCAGAUUAUGUGAAGUGCAUCCAUGGUACCGGAGAACUUUUUACAGGAUACAAUGCAGUGAUGGACAGCUGGGGCUUGCUAUUCAACUGGGGCCAGGAUGGAGGCCAGGGCACCGAUUUUCAGCUAAGGGAUGUCAAAGCCCGUGUACUUGCUGACGUGGCAUGGGUUAACAUGAAGAUGCAUGUUGAUGUUGACCCAGGGCCAUUCCAUGUGACCAAUGUAUAUGAGGUCCGUAACGGCAGGUGGUAUAUGGUUCAUCACCAUAGAUCGCUCAUGGCUGAUCUUGCGCCACAUAAUCUGUUCGGUUGAAGCUGAGAACAAUGUUCCCUGAGAAAACUAAAUGUCAGAUUUUUUUAUUUCGCGUGCUUCUGCGGUUUAGACUGGUGACAGAUACCGAAUGUGUUUGUGGAAAGCUUUUCUUGCCCCAGUUUUCUCCGUUCAUUCAUCCUGAAUCGCCUGUUUGUUUAUAUUAUCCCCACCAGUUUUGUAUAAAUGUGUUCUAGGAGUUGAAUUCUUGAAUGGAAGGGUAUGGUGCCCUUUGUGAGGCUGACAGAUUUAUCUUGUGCGACAUGACUUUUUUUCUACUGUUGUUUAACAUGCUCUUGUGAUGUA